AUGGCAGACAAUUACUCCCAGUUCCAGCAGCAGGUUCUUCUUGCUUUGAGAAACAAGUGUACUGUAGGAGGAGCCACAGGUGACAUCCUGCCAGACUCCCUACCAUCAGUCCCAGGUACCCUGCCUCACUUCCUGAAGGAACCAGAAGAUUCCUACAUAAUCAAAAGCAACCCAAUCAAGCUGCUGUGUCGGGCUGUGCCUGCCUUGCAGAUCUUCUUCAAGUGCAAUGGAGAAUGGGUGCACCAGAAUGAACAUGUGUCCCGGGAGUACAUGGAUCAGAACACUGGUCUGAAGGUGCGUGAGGUGCUGAUCAACGUGUCCCGUCAGCAGGUGGAGGACUUCCACGGCCCAGAGGACUACUGGUGUCUGUGUGUGGCCUGGAGCCACCUGGGCACCUCCAAGAGCCGCAAGGCCACGGUACACAUCGCAUACCUGAGGAAGAACUUUGAGCAGGACCCCCAGGGGAAAGAAGUGCCAAUCAAAGGGAUGAUCGUGCUGCAUUGCCGCCCCCCAGAGGGAGUGCCCACGGCAGAGGUGGAGUGGUUGAAGAACGAAGAGCUAGUGAGCUCCCUGACGGAUGACAACAUUGACACCCGAGCUGACCACAAUCUCAUCAUUAACGAGGCACGACUGUCCGACUCGGGAAACUACACGUGCCUGGCCAGCAACAUUGUGGCCAAGAGACGCAGUGCCACAGCCACUGUGGUUGUUUUUGUGAACGGUGGUUGGUCGCUGUGGACAGAGUGGUCUCCUUGUAACGUGCCCUGUGGUCGGGGUGUCCAGAAACGCUCCCGUACCUGUACCAACCCUGCCCCACUCAACGGAGGAGCUUUCUGCCAGGGCAUGUCUGUGCAGAAGAUCACCUGUAAUGCGCUCUGUCCAAUUGACGGUGGCUGGGAGAAGUGGAGUGAGUGGACGGCGUGCGGUGUGCAGUGUGAAAGACAGCGUAGAAGGGAGUGCAAUAACCCACCACCCAGGCACAGGGGCAUUAUGUGUGAGGGGCCCAGCAAUGCCACCGAGAACUGCACUGGAGGAAUGUGUACCCAGAAUGGAAAGCUGCUGCAUGAUGUUAAACCUCAAAGUAUGGACGGCUCCAACGACGUGGCUCUCUACUCUGGGCUGGGCUCGGGAGUCAUAGUUGUGGCUGUCCUUGUGGUGGCCGUCAUGCUGUACAGGAGGAGCCAGAGCAACUACGGCGUUGACGUCAUCGACUCAUCCGCGCUCACCGGGGGCUUCCAGUCUUUCACCUUCAAGACCACCAGACAAGGGAGCCCACUGCUUCUCAACUCCUCUCUGCAGCCAGACCUGACAGUGGGCCGGACUUAUAGCAGCCCCAUCUGCUUCAAGGACUCCAUAGACAAUAAAGAGCUCUUUGACCCCCUGCCAGACAACAAGGUCAAAGUUCAGAGCUCCUUUAUGGUUUCACUAGGUGUGGCCGACCGCGCUGAGUACCACGCUCCCAAAGGCCAUCCACCCGAGACCUUCCCCAGGGGGCUGAACCGAGACUACAGCAACAACACUGUGGAGAGACGGAACACCAAGAAGGGCCUGCUCACUCCCAACGGGCCCCCCCUCACCCCCACUAAAGAUCAGAUGAGAACCACGGGCGUGUUUGGGCAUCUGGGCGGCCGGUUGGUGGUGCCAAAUACUGGAGUCAGCCUGCUGGUUCCCCAUGGUGCGAUCACUGAGGACACUUCCUGGGAGAUGUACAUGGUGAUAAAUCAGGGAGAGUCCAGUUUCCAGACAGGGGAAGGCUGUGAGAUCCUACUAGGACCAGAGGUCACCUAUGGUCCUCGAGGCCUAGACCUCUCCAGUCCUGUUGCUAUGACGAUAGCUCACUGUGCAGAGGUUGACACUGAGAACUGGAACAUCCAACUGAAGAGGAAAACACAGGACAACAGUUGGGAGGAAGUGAUGUCAGUAGAGGAUGAGUCAACAUUCUGUUACUGCCUGAUGGACUCCAGUAGCUGCCACCUGCUGCUGGACCAGCCUGGCUCCUACGCCCUGGUUGGUGAACCACUCACUCAGGCAGCCGUGAAGAGGCUGAAGCUAGCAGUGUUUGGCAGCAUGGGGGCCACACCCAUGGACUACAGCCUCCGAGUGUACUGUGUGGACGACACGCCAUACGCCUUUCAGGGAGUGGUGGCCACAGAGACCAGUAGAGGAGGACAGCUCCUGGAGGAACCUAAGAUGCUGCCUUUCAGAGGGAACACCUUCAGCCUCCAGGUCUACAUCCAAGAUGUCCCACAAUUUCUAUGGAGCAUCAAACCCUUUACUACGUGUCAGGAAUUCUCCUUUUCCCAAGUGUGGUGCAGCAAUCAGAAGCCGCUGCACUGUGCCUUCUCCCUGGAGAGGAACAGCCCCACCACCACCCAGCUCUCCUGCAAGAUCAGCGUGCGCCAGGUCAAAGGUCAUGAGCAGAUUCUGCAGGUCUAUACGUCCGUGGCGGAGAGCAAGAAGGAGUCAGUCCCAUUUUUUAUGCAGACGGACUGCACCGUCACCUCACAGACGGGGCCCAAGGCCUUCAAAAUCCCCCUCUCCAUCCGCCAGAGGAUAUGUGCCACCUUUGACACUGCCAAUGCCAAGGGCAAGGACUGGCAGCUCUUAGCCCAGAAACUCCAUCUAGAUAGAAACCUGUCGUAUUUUCUUAAGCAACAGAGCCCCUCUGCGGUCAUACUGAGCCUGUGGGAGGCACGACACCAAGACACUGGUGACCUGGACUCUCUGGCGAGCGCUCUGGAGGAAAUUGGCAAGAUCCACUCCAAAAGCACUGCAGCAAAGAGCCAGGAGGACCCUGAAUCAGACUUAGUGCAUCAUUUAGGAACAGGUAGCCCAGGCAACCCAGUGUGUGGAAUGGGUGAACUCACCAAUCAUGAGACUGCUAACUCAGUCCCAGAGUAUACUGGCUGA